CGGUCGUUCCGUGUAGAUUACUGCAUUCCGACACCGCUCACCGACCGUCCCCACGCCGCGUGUAAGGAACGCCGUAGGACGCAGGGCACGUUGCAAGUGCGCUCUGUGCGUUUAAUACACUAUGACGUUUCUCAUCGAGCGAAAGUGAAGGAAAUAGACCACUAUAGAGACCGCUAGGGGACGAAACAAGGCUAUUCGAAAGAUAUUAGAUCACCGAAGGGAGCUCACCAGGAGUCGCAGUGAAGAAACACACGAAAGCGGACCAAUGGCGGACCGGAUAUUGAACAUCGUGGUGGUUGGCGAUGGUGCCGUCGGAAAGACCUGUCUGUUGCACGCGUACACCGAUAAAUCGUUCAAGCAUUUCUACCAACCGACCAUAUAUGAUAAGGAAUCUAUUGAAAUGAUACUCGAUGGGCAGCGGUACACUAUCCAGCUGCACGACACGGCCGGCCAGGAGGAGUACGACAAAAUCAGACAACAAUUUUACAAGCGCGCCGAUUGUUUCCUUCUCUGCUACAGCAUCGACAACAGUGUUUCGUACGAAAAUGCGGCUACAAAGUGGAUCCAGGAGAUCAAAACGGAUCCACCCAUCCCGAUCGUGCUGCUUGGCACCAAGUUGGAUACGCGACGGGGUGGAAGCAAGGAAGUAUCGACGUCUGAGGGCGAAAAGCUGAGGCGUGCCAUCAACGCUAACUCGUUCGUCGAGUGUUCGGCCAAAGCGGGCACUAACGUGGAGCUGGCCAUCGAGGAGGGAGUCAGGGCGUGCCUGAUGGGCGUCCCGGAACCGCAACCCGAUGACCGGUGCUGUCCCUUCGACUGCUGCACCCAGUCGUAGCGUUUCUUUCGACGACAACGACGACGACGAAGAUGACGAUCGACCGAUAAAGACACUCGUAGGACGCCCGUAGGAAGUUUAUUGUUGCGACUACUAAUUUAAUUGAAUUUAUUUCCUAACCUAAACGAGGCUGAAAAGUAUGUACACACAACACUGCGAGGGGAGCGCGUUCGUUGCUUGUUUGCGGUCUUGUUUAAAGUUCACGGAGCUGCCUCGUCGUACGCUACACCACUGGGCCCGUCUUUUCGCUCUCACGGAAGAUAGAAUGUGUCAAAGUCAAUGAAGUGCCAACAGUGCUGGCCGCAGAAUAUAAGUAGUAAAACUAAAAGUAUCGUUCGUGAAAAUGCCAAACUUAAUGUCUAAGAAAACCAGCAACACUAAAGACAAAAACUGAAUACCACUUUUUUGGCAAACACACGACAACUCUUCCUAAUCGAAACACAUAGGCACAAGGUAACCAGUUGUUCUAGAAUAGUAAUAAACUAAUAGGAAAAGUUACGAAAUGAAAUUACGCGUUGAGCCUUUUAUAUUAUUUUGGCGAAAUCAAUAAUAAACGAAAAAAAAAAACAAGAUUGAUACUCGUCAGCAUGGAGAAAAGUUGUAAAAUAGUAGCAAGUAGUAGUAAGUAGCAAGCAGUUGAGGUGUUUCGUCUUCAUUUGAUCACAU